AUGUCUACCGUGUCUUCGUCAAGUGUUUCAUCGGCUGUAACGGAUAACAUGAGCAAAACUUCGAUUACCAGCCCCCAGCUCAACAAGAUCCACUCAGCGCCCGACUUCAGCAAUUUAUCGAAUAUGCCCGAAUUCUGGCGGGAUCAGUCCGAUUUUGAGUCAAGCUGUUUUCGUUUGGUGGCGCGUGCAUUGACGGAUCGAAUCGCUGAUCAAUUGGUGAGCCGUACCGGAACCAUGAGUGCCCAAGAAAAGCAAAUGAAAGAGAUAAAUGCCGAAACGUCGCAUGUCUCCGUUCUUAACAACAUCAUUCGCCGAAGUGAGGUGAGCACCACGAUAGGAACAACGGCUCAUGGAACUCUGACGGCUCAAGAUUUGCAUUCACGUCCCUCACGCGCUUCGGUCAUGCAAAGUCUUCUGCGUCGCAACCAUACCGAGCUUUCCUUGUUCGACAACAAUAACAAGAGCGUCAAAUUUCAAGAGGACCAAGCAAAGUUGGAAGUGAACGAGCCGGUAAAAUCGCUGAAACGUGUGCUAACUUCGCCGGACACUUUCGAUGACUUCUCACGAUUGGCGAUUAUUUAUGGAGGAAAU